AUGGCGGCCUCAGUCACCUUCGAGCGACCGGAAGAGGUUGCAACCAAAGUCAUGAGAAGAGUCCAGGUCUCCAAAAUGACCCGAGCAUUACAAGACCGCCUCGCCCUCGCCAACGUGAAGAUUCAAAACGGAUGGCAGAACAUGAGCUUGGACGCUAUCGAGCCACAAGUGGAAGAACGUUUAAAGAGAAGGAAGAGACCGGCCUCGAGCAAUGAUACCAUAUCCGACUCUGCAUCUACCACAUCCAGUCGAUUGCAGUCCUCGCCUCUCACCGAGCCUUUAUUCUCCGACGACUACCCACCACGCUCCGGCGGCAGCUAUCGCCCAAAACGCAUUCGCACGGCGAUGAACCCACCGCCAAUCCUCGCACCUCCGAGCAUACCCAUCACUACUGCCCAAACCGGUAGACGAACACGAACCGCUGCUAGUAGACAACCUACCUGGAAGAAGGCUUCUGGUCUUGCAGAGUCUUCCCCUAUCAAGCACACCAAGCACACCCGCCUUCCUUCCCACAACGUCUCCCACCUCUCCUUCACCGAAGACGACGAACCGCCCUCCCCAGAAUUCAGCGAGGACGACGAUACCGAUCUACCUCUUACAUCGUUUGCGGCGAACAACAACAAGACCUCCCGUACUACGAAUGCCACCUCUCCUCCUCACACUCCUCCUCCCGACCGCCACGUCCGUCACAUCAACCAGGUAUCCUGGUCCCGCACACCACGCACAUCCCACAAUCCCGACGAUGGCGCCGAUCUGUUGAUGUACCUUGCGACAUCACCAUCACCAGCCAUAGGCUCCCACCGCAUUACGAAUCGCUCCAACAUCCCCCAACCCUCCACCGUCAUCGCACCGCCUUCCACACCACCCUGCAAAUCGACUCCGCUCCCAUCCUCACACAUGACGCCUGGCUUCCUCGGUGGGUUCGGGGCGCCUAACACACCUGGCAAUACCUUCAACUUUGCAGACUUUGUCACUUUGACGCCCAGCCCUGCUCAAGUACACUGGUCGAGGACUCCAGUUGCGGGCGGUCGGACACCGGGUCAAGCCGGCACGAGUGCGAGGCGGAGGUUGAACUUCGAGGGAGGACUGAUGCCUCCAGGUGGACUGAGUCCGGUCAUGACCAGAGGGAGGAGAGAUGGCGGCGAAGGCCUGGGCAUGGAGUUGGGAGGAGAAUUGGUUUCAUGAACGAGGAUGAGAUGGAAUAUGAAGUUCAUGAUGGACACUACAGGC